AAAACACAACUCAGCCCCAACUCUCACUCUCUUUAUCUAUACAAAUCCAUGGCCGACGAGAACGCAAACCAGUCAAUCAUGGAGCCAAAAUCAUGGCACCCUCUUCACCAAAUCGCAGAGUCUCCAAGCCACAAGCUUCUGCUUAAGCAAUGGCUGAAAGAAGAAGAGCUAAUCCUCAACAGGGUCUCUCUGAAAGAGAACCAAAUCGACUCCGUUCGCAAAGAGAUCACAAUGCUCUUCAUAUUCUUCUUCCUCUUCCACUCCACAGCUCUCAUCCUUCUCUUCAGUUCCUCCUCGAGGGACCCACAUGGGUUUGCAUGCCGCCGGUCUUGGAUCCCGUCACUCUGUUCUCUCUGCUUCUCUCUGGGGAUCAUUUGGGCCAUAAGGUACAAGACUGACAUGGAAGGUCACUUGGAGAAGCUUCUGGAGAGAGAGAAAGAGGAUAAAAAUCUUCUGGGCAAGUGCAUCGAGGAGUUGAAGAAGAAGGGUUUGGAAUUUGAUUUGUUGAAGGAAGUUGAUGCGCUUAGGAGGGCCAAGAGUUUGAGAGUUGAAGCUAAAGAGGUGAGGAAGUGGUCUGCUAGGGACUUUGUGACUUUGUUUUUCUUCACAGUGUCUUGCUUUGUGCUUGUUAUCACAAGGGCUAUUUUAUGUAACUAGGAGUUUGACAAAUGGGGUAGAUUUUGGGAUUGGAUUAGUUGGUUCUUAGAUUCAUGUUCUAUUUUGGGUUGGAUGGGUUUUGCCAUAAGAUUUUGGAUUCUGUCAAAGAAUUGGUGGUGGGAUAAAUUGGAAGCAAAUUGACGGCAGAAUGUUUUGUUCUGCUUAUUUGUAAUUUGGGGAAUUUACCAUGACAUAGUUAUGAAACAAAUUUGGAUGACUGCUUA